AUGUACAGUUACAAACGUAUUCCUGGCAACCAAGUCCGUCUUCUAGUCGUUAAGCCGGGAGCCUUCGAUGAGAAAAUCAACGCUUCGUUUCUGGCCGUUAGCGAUGAUGACCUCGGAAGCCAAAAUUACAGGUACUCGGCCCUUUCCUACAACUGGGACGAUGGCGCAGACUACAGUAGCAUCAUCAUCCAGGAAGACCUAGCCUCGCCUCAUGUUCAGUCUAUGGAAAAAUCGACUGAAGUACUCAGACCGGCUGUAGACAAGGUGCUCAGGAUCAAACCAAAUCUCUAUGAAGCUCUUAGACAUUUGCGACAAGCAGACAUGAUUCUCGGACUUUGGGUGGAUGCAGUAUGUAUCAAUCAAGACGACGCCAAAGAAAAGGGAGAGCAAGUGCUCAAGAUUGCUGAAAUCUAUCGCAAAGCCUACAAUGUGAACGUAUGGCUUGGGUCCGACAAUCCUGGUGGUCACAUCCCCAACAAAGCCAUGACCUUCAUUCCCAAGAUCGUUAAUCCGGCCACCCACUGGGAUACCCCCGCCGAUGACGCUCAUGUAGAAGAAUGGGCAAGCGUGUACGAACUUCUCAAGCGGAGCUGGUUCUCACGGCGCUGGGCUAUACAGGACCUAGCAUUCGCGCAAUCUGGUUCAGUACACUGUGGCAAGCAGGUGCUGGACUGGAGGGACUUGCAGAUUGCCAUCGGCAUCUUUGACCGAAACUUCGAUAUCAUGAAGGCUCGGCUCACGAUGCAUUAUGAAUCCACUCAGAUCAAGGGCAGUCACCCGAACGGGGAUCCAACCCUGGAGAUGGGGCACCUAGGCGCUAAGUUAUUGGUGGACAUGAAAUCAACAUUAAUCCACAAAGGACCGGACGGCACCCUGGUUCCCACCCAAGGGCUGGAGAGCCUCGUCUGUUCUUCAUUGGGGUUGGACACAUCUGAUCCACGCGAUACCAUCAAUGCGCUCAGAAGUAUAUCGAAAGAAGCGUAUUGGCCAGAGUCGCGUCAGCAAGCAUCUCAGCCUCCUCCUGUUCCCGAUUAUAACAAGGAUCUUUUUGAGAUAUACCGGGACUUCGUCAAAUGGGUUGUAGACACGACGGGAUCCAUCGACAUAAUCUGUCGCCACUGGGCAUUGAGGGAACGCCAGGAACCAACUCCAACAACCCCUCAGCUAGUUCAUCUACCUUCCUGGAUCCUAUUCGUGGAAGACUCUGCCUGGGGAAAGGGCGAAGGUCUGUUUCGCGGUCGAAAGGCUGGCGACAGCUUUGUCGGGUUACCCGGUAGUAACAGCUACAACGCUUGCGGUAGGCAAAACAAGCAAGCCCGUGUCAAGUUCCCUCGAAGUCCUGUACAUCGUACGUCGGUCGUACCUUCCCGGGUCAUACACGAUAUGUCGAUGUCCGUGAAUGGUGUCAUGAUAGGGACAGUCUCGUUCCGCACUGACCCGUUUCCCGAUAGUGUGAUCACCAAAGAUUGUUUGGAGGAUCUAGGAUGGACGUUCGACAAUCACGCGGUAGAAAACCCCGAAAUUCCAGACAAGCUGUGGCAAACGCUCGUGGCAGACCGCGAUCCGCAGGGCAACCCACCCCCUCAUUGGUACAAGAAAGCAUGUCUACAUUGUCUUACCUACCAGACAAAUAGUGGAAACCUCAACAUUAGCACCAUUCUACGGGGGAACCUUCAAGGCGGCCCCACUAACAUCGUGUACGACUACCUUUGUCGCGUCCGUGCUGUCACCUGGAACCGAUCCUUCCUUAGAGGCGACCCCAUUUCUAGUGCCACCACCAAUAUCCGCGACUUCGACCAUGAAGAACUCGUUGGCUUUGGACCACCUAGAACCGAGAAAGGAGAUGCGAUUGCUAUCUUGUAUGGCUGCAGCGUUCCCGUCAUCCUCCGACCCACUCAAAAUGGCUCUGGUGAGCAUCUUGGGUACCUGUUCGUCGGCGAAGCUUACAUCUACGGUAAAAUGUACGGUGAAGCUUUUGAGGUUGAUUGCGAAGAAAAGAACUUCAAAUUGCUUUAA